AUGGAUUCGAUGCUACCGGGACUCUACAGCCUUCAUAGCAUCAUAUCAGUUAUCCGAACAUUGCAAAUGUUUGGUCUUAUGUUCCUAUCCAACUUUGCUUCUUUACAUCCAAGGGAUAAAGUCGUAUAUAAAUUCUUUAAUUGGUUAUCAAUCUUUUGGAAUAUCGUACCAAUUCAAUACAGAGAUGAGUGUUCAUUUGUUGUUGCAAUUAUUUACUUCAUUUUAAUUUUUUCGUUCUUUGUAUUGAUAACGAUCUCUGCAAAGUAUUACGAGCAGAAUGGUUCACUUAGUCUUAUUGUUAUUUACAUAAUUCAUCUCUUUAUUUCAAUUGUUGGUUACAUAAUUCAUGUUCCUUGUUUAGAAAUCUGCUUUGAGACUGUAAGCAAGAUGAUAGCCAAGGAAGAUACCUACCAUGAUCUUGCGUACAAUAUCGUUACAAUCGUUCUCACUGUUGUUACUUUCGUUUUUUAUUAUUUCUUCUACAGAAAACUUUAUUCUUAUUCAUUCAUUUUCCGUCCUACAUCAUUUAUGUGCAUCAACGGUGUCCAACAGAUGGGUUCUCUUCAAGUUCAGUCAUUCGAAGCAAUAGGAGUUGGACUUACUGCAUAUUUACCGAAAAUUCCUCAAGGAAUACUUACAAUUGCACUUGCAUUUGCUGCCUUAUCAUGUUACUUCACAAUGUAUAAGACAUUUUCCUUUGUUUCUUUCUUACAUAACACGAUUUUCUUAACUUUUGCGAUUUUUGGCUUUUGUGCUUACAUUGUAUUCGCAAUUUUCAUAUUUUUGAAAAUACAUAUGAACGUGGCCGGUCUAUUUAUAUUCAUUGGCCUUCUUUUUGCCGUAUUUAUCUUAAGUCACUUCAUAACUCAGACAAUCAUCAGAAAAGCGCUAGUUUACUUAGACAAUUUAUACGAAAACAAGGAAUUACUACUCGAUGAGCCUGAUUCCAUGAAGUUAUACGUUUGUUCUACGAUCGGAUUUCAUUUUGCCCAUCCUUCAUCAUUAGACUUCACCAUCUUCAAGUAUAUCACUGAUAAAGACCCAGACAAUACAAUGUUCAUGGUUAUUUACGGCAAAUUUGUUGCAAUUUACCCAGAAUUAUCUGAUACAUUAAAUUACAUCAUCAGAACCAUAAUACAAAGGAAGAUGCAUGGUAUCAUGGUUAAGCAGGCAUUAUCACAGUCCAAAAUCAUCUUCCAACAGCGAGAAUCCAAUUUAACUUCCGAAUUAAAGAAGAAAUUAACAAAAGUACAGAAAGACAUAUCCGCAGCCAAAAGAAGAUUAAGACAUGUGUGGGACCAAGUCAUACAAGGCAAUAUAUCAGAAUUGGAUAGCGCGAUAGCAAACGCUUAUUCGAUGAAAUCAAAAUGUGACGCCCAAUUCAAUUUAUUGUUAGUGCAACUGCCAAACAACAGGUUUUUGUAUAGAACGUAUUCGACCUAUUUAAUUGAAGUUUCAAACGAUGCGGACAAAUACAAAGACGCUACGGAUAAAGUGAGGAUGCUUUCGAGAGGUAUAAAGGUACAUGAAGACCAUACCCAAGAAUUAGGCCUCCACGCCUUCCCUCAGCUGCCAUCUAUGAUCAUAAUGAAUAUGCCUUUGGAAUCUUCUUCUGCAAAUGAAGUAUCUGAGAGUGUGGUGUUCACUGAAGAGAUUGAUGAUGAAACGCUUGCAAGAAAACAAGAGGAUAAUAGAACUUUGACGGAUUUGAUGGAUAGUCUCCAUAUUCCUUCAUUAGUUACGACCAAUAUGCUUGUAGGAAUAAUCACUGUCUUUAGCUUCUGCGUCGCUGUAGUUCUUUUGGCUUUGAUUCUCUCAUAUAAGAAGAGAAUUAAAAAACCUCUUGGAUUUUCGGACAAUACCGCUUGGGCAAGGUACUAUGCAUCAGCAGGAACAGCGUUCGCCCACUUAUAUCUCUUGAAUAAGCUUCAUGUUGUUAAUUUCACAGAUUAUAACAUGAAAAGCUUCGCAAAUGAGACAUCUUUAGUUGAACAAGUGAAAUAUUGUAUCAGUCAGCUGAUUGCCAGUAUCAAAAGCUUCGCAGAUUUCAGAGAUUACAAGAUUGGAAACAAAUACAUAGAUGCAACGAGGUUUUUGCUCUAUAACGGGUCAUUACAGUACACAUCGUUCAGUAACAACUUCGUUACUAACAAAACUGAGACUACUUCUCUGUUAUCUGCCUUUAAUGAUAUUGUUAUGAGAUUAACCGAAGUUGUUGACAUGAACGAUACUUCCAUUACCCCUUAUUCACUCAUGUCUCCAUCAAUGCGUAAUCCGUUCUACAAUAUCGAGACCGUUGUCGAUAAAAUUUGUUCGGCCACGAAUAAUUUGACAGAAUACAUCGAAUCCAGUGUUGAUUUCAUGCACAAAGUGAUGACAAUUGACCAAUACGCACUCUCCCUUUUCCUUGCUUUGGUUCUUUUCAUUGUCAUGAUCGUUGUCUACAGAAAAAUCAAACGUGACAAAGAAACAAUCUACAAAACUCUUUUGGUCCUUCCUAAAAAUGUUGUUUCUCAGAUCAGCGAAAGUCUCAGAACCGUGAACAAGGAUGAUUCGAUGAAAUCCGGAAAUUUAACGAGUACUACCCACAUUGGCAACGACAUAGAACGGAACAGACAGGAAGAGAACCUCAUGAAAGUACUCACGGCCGCUUCCGAUGAAAAUACAAGGUCAACUGAGCUGAAUUUGAUCAUGAUUGCAUUAUUUGUGUUCAUGGUAUCCGCAGUAUGCAUCAAUAUCAUCAUAUCAAGGAUGUAUAUCGACGUUGGCCAGAGAUUGAUUGAAAAUUCCCAACAUUUAGAUAAUAUUUUGGGAGUUGCCACUUUUUUGGACUUACUUUCCAUGCAGAUCAAUGAUUUGACAUGUAUCAUGACCAGGAGAAUGAUCACUGAUACAGCAGAUGUCAAAACAAAGUACUUACACCUUGAAGUUUACAAAUUCAAUCUGACAGAGUAUUAUUCAGCCCUCAGAUACGGAUAUGGCAAUGGCCAUCCAUUCCCUGACUUCAAGGAAUUGGUCCAACAAGCGAAAGUCCUCGCAAAUUGCGACCAAUCGCAUUUACCAGUGGAUUCGAGGGACGGAUUGAACUGUUUCUCACCGGACAUACUGAUUAAGUACACGUACAUCUUCUUCCACUCGAUCAUUGACCCAAUAAUCCUGAACAAGUCAACAACUGUCAAUACUGACAAUCUAAUGUUGGCAGAUGAGAUCGCAAUGUUCAGGUUAUACGAUGAUUUCCUGUAUAAAGCGUAUUUGGAAGUAGAUUCUCGUAUUGAUGAGCUGAUGAACGCGAAAAUCCCUGUUUUCGUAUCGUCAGCUAUUGUUUUGACUGUAAUUAUCGUUAUUUGUUAUAUUUGUGUUGUUCUGACAACAAGAGUUAUUAAUGAAAAACUCAAAUACGCUUUGAGUUUACUUUUGGCCUGUCAAACCUCCAUGGUCAUGCAGAAUUCCUACAUCAUGACCGUCCUCAGCGGCAAUUUCGCACAUGGAAGUGGAGAUUCCAGCACAAGAGACAACGCUUUCUACGAUAACUUGGUCGAGGAACUUCCUGACGCAAUUGUGGUCACGUCCGGUGCGAAUUACAAGGUAAUUUCAGCGAACAAGGCCGCAAACGCCCUUUUCAAGGAAGUUCUGACAAAUAAUUCUUUCUCAGGGUACAUACAGUCAUCGAACUUCUCUCCUGAGACUAAUUCGCAGCUGAACAGACUCUUCGAUCCAACAAUGAAGACGAGUUCAUGCAAUGUACAGUAUAUCAAAGGAGAUCCUGACAAAAAGUUCCUUUUCAUAUCGAGAACGUCAGCUUUAGUUGGUGACAACGUGAUCUUUACCAUCAGAAAUACAACGCAAACCUUUGUUUACAACAAAUUGAUUUCUGAAGAAAGGGCAAAGAGCGACCAAUUACUUGCAACGAUUCUCCCCGCAUCCCUUGUGCCUAGAGUGCAGGCAGGAGAGAAGAAUAUCUCGUUCUCGGUCGGUUCUGCCACGAUUUCCUUUAUUGAUAUUGUCGAAUUCACUCCUUGGUGCUCAUCCAACACCGCACAGGUUAUAACUGGUGUUCUCAAUGAGAUAUUCACCGAAUUCGAUGCAAUUGUGAAGUCGUUACCUGUUAUGGAGCGAAUUAAAUGCAUCGGAGACUGUUACAUGGCCGCUGGAGGAAUAUUCGCAGAGACACCGAAUUUGCUUCAGUUCGCAAGGGCUACAGUUGACUUUGGCCUCGAAGCAAUUAACGCAAUCAAAAGAGUCAACGAAAACCACGGAAUGUCGUUGAGAGUAAGAGUUGGCCAACACAUUGGAGGACCAGUUGUUGCAGGAGUCAUCGGAAUUGGUAAACCAACUUUCGAAAUUUUCGGUCCUGCAAUCUCUUACGCACAACAGAUGGAACAUAAUGGUAUUCCAAUGAAGGUCCACGUCUCUAGAGCUCUUUACGAGUUGAUUUACGGAGGAAACUAUAAAAUUGAAGAAAGAGGUGAAAUUCAGAUCAAACAGGGAAAGGUUUUGACUUAUUUGGUCGAUGGAUACACCAAUUGA